AUGGUGGGGUCCCCCCCUUCCCCCCCCCGCUCCUCCUCUGCCGUCCCCGGUGACCCAGCGGAACCGGGGUUGACCCUGCCCCGGCGUGGGAGGCCUCACCGGGGAGGCGCUUCCUCAGGAAACCCCCCGGCUGCUGCCCGCCCGGCGCGGCCGCCACCGCCACAGCGCCGGGUGCCAUCGCCACAGCAGUGCCACAGCUCCCGGUGCCACCGUCACAGCGCCGGGUGCCAUCGCCACAGCGCCGGGUGCCACCGCCACAGCAGUGCCACAGCUCCCGGUGCCAUCGCCACAGCGCCGGGUGCCAUCGCCACAGCAGUGCCACAGCUCCCGGUGCCAUCGCCACAGCGCCGGGUGCCAUCACCACAGCGCCGGGUGCCACCACCACAGCGCCGGGUGCCACCGCCACAGCAGUGCUACAGCGCCGGGUGCCACCGCCACAGCGCCGGGUGCCACCGCCACAGCAGUGCUACAGCGCCGGGUGCCACCACCACAGCGCCGGGUGCCACUGCCACAGCAGUGCUACAGCGCCGGGUGCCAUCGCCACAGCGCCGGGUGCCAUCACCACAGCAGUGCCACAGCUCCCGGUGCCAUCGCCACAGCGCCGGGUGCCACCGCCACAGCAGUGCCACAGCUCCCGGUGCCAUCGCCACAGCUCCCGGUGCCAUCGCCACAGCGCCGGGUGCCAUCGCCACAGCAGUGCCACAGCUCCCGGUGCCACAGCGCCGGGCCAUGCCGCUGCUGAAGAGAACCCCCAAGGAGGAGGAGGAGGAUGGUGACCCCUUCGCCGACAACCCCGAGAGCCGCUACCGCCGAAGGGCCACCCUGGAGCGCCUGGUGGGUUUGGCACCUUUCGGCCGCGCCCGUCGCCCCCCGCCCAAAGACGGGGACGGGGACGGGGGUCGCGCGCAGCGGCGGCGGUCGGAGGAUUUCGGGCUGCUGCGGCGGCUGCCCGGGAGGCGAAAGGCGAGCGUGGAGGGGCUGUCGGAGAGGCCGGCGAACAAGCGCAGCUCCCUGCUGAGGCUGGCGCUGGGAACGCGAGGACGGAGGGGAUCGGCGGGGGAGCGCCCGGCCGCGGCCGACACCGACGGAGGGUCCGACGGAGACCAGGACGGCGGCGGGGGGCAGCGGCAGGAGGGGCGCGGCAGGGCCAGGGAGCCGCUGUCGGUGCUGGAGAUCCUGGAGCUGAUCCAGCGCCGGGAGCUGGUGGCAGCCGACGAGCAGAUCAUCGCUCUGGAGGCCGAGUGUGUGUCGCCGGCGUCGCCGGGCGCCGGGGUGGCCGCGGGCGGGCGGCAGGCGCGGGACGUGGCGCUGCUGUACGAGGCGCUGCUGGCUCAGCUCUGGGCCGUGGUGGGCGAAGCCGUGCCCGCCGGCCGCCCCUACCCGCCCCUGCGCGCCGUCAUCCGCGUGCUGGAGCAGGAGGAAGCGGCCGAUCGCCGGCACCCGCCGGGGACCCCGGGGCGCCCGCGGGGGCUGCGCCGGCGCUGGCAGGAGGCGGUGGGACGGGCGGCCGGGGACAGGCUGGCGCAGGUGGCACCGGGCAGCGGGUUGGGCUCUCGGCUGGCGGCGCUGGCGGCGAGGCUGGUGGGUGACCUGGGGGCCGUGAGGUGCCACGUGGCGCCCGCCUACCCACCCGAGUACGGCGCCUUCGGGGUCUACGCCCGCGGGUACCACCGGGCGCUGGCGCAGCAGCUGGGAGCGCUGGCGCAGAGACCCCUCGCCGUGCCCGACCUCUACCUGCUGCUCGACUGGCACAGCAACACGUACCCUAGGGAGGUGCUGGGGCACCCCGAGGUGGGGGCUCUGCUGCAGGCGCAGGCCCUGGGGCCGCUGCUGCCCCCCGAGACCCAGCGUGCCCUGGAGAGCUCCUGCAUCGCCGCCGUCAAGGCGAAGGUGGAGGUGGCGGUGGCGCAGGAGCUGCAGCUCAGCGAGGACACGUGGGCAGAGGAAGCUUCCAGCCAGGAGCUGCAGGAGGGACUGGCCACCCGUGUCACGGGGCUGCUGCGCGCGCACAUGGACCGAGCCCCUCAGAUCACCCCCGAGUUUGGCAUGGAGAUGGCACACAGCCUCCUGGGCGUGCUGGUGGCCUUCCUGCACAGUUUCCAGCGGAAGGUGGAGCGGUUCCUGGAAGCCCCCAGCGAAGCCACCCCACCUGAGAGUGCCACCGGCCGGGCCAUGGCCCUGGUCAACUGCUGUCCCCCCUUCAGGACCUUCGCCGAGCGCCUGGCGCAGUUUGGGCACCCCGAGAGCGAGGAGCCGCGGCGCCAGGCUCAGGCCGCCCUGGACAAGGUGACUCGGCUCUGCAACCACGUCCUCACCCAACGCCUCUUCGAGGACCUCAAGCCCUACUUCAACAAGCUGAUGAAGCGCAAGUGGCUGACGAGCUCCGACGCCUUCGACACCAUCGUGAUGCUCAUCACCAGCUUCACGCAGAAGCUGCGCCCGCUGCGCCCUGAGCCCUACCAGGUGCUGGUGAGCGAGGUGCACCGGCGGGUGCUCAUCGAGUACGUGCGGCCGCUGCUGCAGGUGCGCUUGGUCUGCACCUCCUCCAAGAUGCGCGCUCGCCUGGCCGCCCGCCUCGGCGACGAAGCCCGGCAGCUCCGCGAGCUCUUCAGCCGCCUGGACUCGGCGUCGCCCUGGCUGGACUCGGUGGUGCCGCGGCUGAGGGAGCUGCUGGUGCUGGAGGACACGGCGGCGUUGCAGAUGGAGGUGGGCGUCCUGGUGAGGGAUUUCCCCGACGUCCGGAGGAAGCACGUGGCGGCGGUGCUGGACGUGCGAGGGCUGCGCAGCCAGGCAGCGCGGCAGGAGAUUCUGGGAGUGGUGCAGGAUCUGGAGCAGAGCGAGGCCGAGCCGGAGCUGCCUCGCCAACGAGCCUUCUUCUCGGAGCUGGCGGUGUCCCGGGAGGUGCGGUGCCUGCCGUUCCACCUGCCCCGGCUGGCGCGGCUCUCCCGCCUGCGCCUGCGCCGCCCGCCCCCGCAGCGCCCCGGGCAGCCGCGGCUCUGAGCCCUCCCGCGCCCGAUGCCCCCUGCACGGGUCGUGUUGUGGGGGGAGAAGGGGCUGAGCUGCUGCCUCGCGGUUUGUGUCGUGUAUAAAGGGUUGU